AUGACUAUCGUGUUAGAUGUAAGCUUUAAUGAUGAAAGCAGUUGCAAUAGUCAAAACAGUGCAAUCAAAGAGAGUAGUUGUAAGAAAGUAAAAGAUAAGCGCCAUAAUGCGGGUUCAUCGAAAGAAAUAAAAACGCCAGCGAAAGUUAAGAAAAAGAAUGAAAGAUCAUCGAGCAAAAAGCUUUCAAGCGCGUCAUCAACUUCUCUUUCAACAGCAACGACAACGACGUCUUCUACUUCACCCGUUUCAAUCAAAGACAAUCUGAUUGACAACAAAGAAAAGCUUAACGAUCUUAAUGACCAAAUUUUAAAUAGUCAACGUCAUCAUCAUCAUCAUAUGAUGCCACGAACUAGCAGCGCUUUUACAGAUGAAACUCAAAGUAUCUGCAGUCAUGAUUUCAGACACAAUUACAACGCAUCUCAUCAUAAAUCUGAUUCCAUCAUGUCGUCAGAUUCUGACAUUAGAUUCACAAGAAAGAAACUCGGCGAUAAUCAGCGAUGUGGAUACAUUUUGAUUUUCAGCUUUCUUCUAAUGCUGCUAAUAUCUGGGUUGAUCUUCUAUGCCGGAUACAUAUUACUACAUCAGAAACCACUACCAAGUAGAAUAUUUCGUGGUCGUAUUCGCGUUAUAGAAGGCGAUUACUUCAUAAUGAAUUACACUGAUCAAAAUUCCAUAGAGUUUUUUGAGAAAGCUCGAGAAUAUCGCGAACGAAUCAAUUUAUUGAUUUCACGCUCAGAUUUUAGAAAAUAUUACGAUGGUUGUGAGAUUCUUGCACUCGAUGGUCAUGUAUUUGAGGAAGGGAGUAACUUGACGAACAAAGAUCUUGUCAUUCAUUUUCUAUUGAACUUCGAUGCUAAAUCAAAUGAAAUGUUCAGUAGCGUUGAAGAGCUUCGAAGAUUGUUUGUGAACGAGUUUCAAUCGUUAAUCGCGCCAACAAAUGGUGGAAGAUAUUUCAAGAAUCUUAAAAUGGACAUUAAUGAUUUUCAGCUGAAAGAAAUAAAUUUUGGAAGAUUUGAUGACAUUUUUGCGACAUCAUCGGCGCAUGUUGAUAGUGAAGGAAACUCGAUGAACAUCGAUUUAGCUUCAGAAGAGAUUAGAACGUUUUCAACACGUACCUGCGAACCUGUAAAACUUAAAUUUUGUAAACAAAUUGGAUACAACAUGACAACAUAUCCAAAUUUGUUGGGCCAUCAAAACCGUGAAGAAAUCGAAAAAGAUUUGAUCGCUUUUAGAGAAAUUGUCGACAGCGAAUGUUUCUUACAAGCCUACGAUUUUCUUUGUCAUCUUCUUCAACCGCCAUGUGAACAUGCGUUGGAUAAGAAAAGAAAUGAAGUUGUCGUUAAGCCGCGGUUUCUUUGUCGUUCAUAUUGUACAUCGUUUACCGAAGGAUGCUUCAAUCGAAUUCCUAUAAAGUUCCGUCCAUACUUUGAUUGCGAAAGAUUCCCUGAACAGUCAUCAAUUCAAUCUUGUCGUAAUAAACCUGCAUGCGUCACAGAUUUGAAGAAUAGUGGUCAAGGUCUUAGAAUCUGUGAUGGAAUAGCCGACUGCCCAAAUUUAGAAGACGAGGUAACGUGUUCGUAUUGUCCUUCAAACGCGCUUCAUUGUGGUCGAGGAAGAUCUUGCGUCUCACGUGAGAUGCGUUGCGAUGGAAAGUUCGAUUGUCCAAAUGGAGCAGAUGAAAAAGAUUGUCUGUCGAUUUCGCCGUUGGUUGAAUAUCUCGUAAAACCAAAACCGUUCAUUCCCCAUCGACCACAAUUUUUUCAUGAAGGUUUUGCUGUUUUUUCUGAGAAGGGAACUGUUGGUAAACUUUGCGCUGAAGGAAUGGAAUCAAAUGAAUUUGUGAGAACAACUGUGGCAGAAUCAUUAUGCAAAGCUUUGGGCUAUGAACGAGUCAGCUUCUCAGAAAUCCGGAACGAUACAGAAGAAGGCCAAGAUAAUUAUGUUAGGGUGUUGGAUCCAAGAGCUGCCGAGAUUUCCUUUGUUCGUACGAAUUGUCAACGACGCGAAGCUUUUUAUCUUGGUUGCAGUCACUUAGAGUGUGGGAUUCAGUCAAUUAUCGCAUCUGACAAGAACGGUUUGUCACUUCCUAAAAUGGCAAUGGCUGGGGAUUGGCCAUUCCAUGUAGCAUUGUUUAAGAAGGAGAAUCAUGUGUGUGAUGGGACAUUAGUUGCGAGUCACUGGGUACUUACAACCGCAUCAUGUUUCCAAGGACAAACAAAGUCAAUUUGGACUGCAGUUUUUGGCAAUGUUCGGAUUGGAACGACGUCACCGUGGACACAAAAGCGGAGAAUUGUUGGCAUGGUUAAAUCACCUGUGGAAGGAUCAACAGCUGCAUUAGUGAGACUACAAACGCCCGUUGUUUAUUCUGACUUCGUUCGUCCAAUUUGCCUUCCAGACGAUGAAUUUAAGAGAAAUAAAAUUGCAACAGAUUAUGCUCCAUUUCCAGUGGAUUCUUUCUCAGCAUCAGCCAAUCUGGUGGGUGUGCCGUCUGCGGAGAAAUAUCACACCGAAACGAAAAAGAAAAUUAUUACUGAAGAUCGACAAUAUUUUAAAACGUCAGAAGAUGAAGUAAAUGUUGACGAUGAACUUGAUGAGAAAACAGUUUAUCAUUAUGUGGUUGCAUCGGAACUUGUCGACGAACAUAUGAAUCCGAUAAAACCUGAAGCUCAAUACCAGCAAAAAGGAAACUUUUAUAAAACUGAUGAAAACAUUUUAAAUUCUGAAAUCGAACAUCAAUGGAAGCAGUGUAAUACUUUGGGUUGGUCUCGUCAAAAAGAACAUCUACAAAGAGUACAGUUGAAUCUGAUCGAAAUGCAGGCAUGCGAAAAUAUUUCCAUUACAACUGUAAAUUCGCUUUGCGCUGAAGCUGCUUUCCAUAAACAAGAUUGUAGUGAAGAAGAGUUUGCAGGCAGUCCAAUUAUUUGUCUUCUAUCCGAUCAGAAACGAUGGAGUUUAGUUGGAGUGUCUUCAUGGCGAAUCGCAUGCACUCAUAGCGGAACUGAACGACCAAGAAUGUAUGAUCGAAUUGAGUCAAACGUUUCAUGGAUUCGAGAAAUUAUUAAUUCAGUUAUUUUUUGAAACUUUCGAUAUUCUGAAUUUUAAAUAUUGUGAUAAGAAAGUAUAGAAUUUCUUACCUCUAUUUUUAUACUUUUACUCAAUGAUAUAUUUCGCUUUAAUUUCUACUCCAGCUUAAAUUGUAAAUUAUUAUAACAUUGUUGACGACAAAGCAUGCAUUUCAUGCUUUUUUUAUUAUAGAUAUUUAUUCUGCCAUUUUUAAUAAAAAAAGGUAAAAUAUUGUUAA